UUGGGCUAUUUCAAUAAACUUCUUGCCGAGAACGGAGACAUACCAGAGAUAGGAUUGAAUCCAAAUACAUUAGAACCAUUCAUGGAAAAGAUCAAGGCAAUAAAUUAUUAUUUGCCAUCAAGACCAUGCGAUGAAGAUGCUGUCCGUUAUGCUUCAAAGGAUACACAGCGUUUGACAACUUCUCCUUGGAUCCCAACAAUGUAUGAAGACCUCAAGAAAACAGAUUUCAAGAUUUACAAUCAAAAGGAUGAUAAAUUACAUGGAUUUACUGAAUCUGUUCUUGCAUCACAAAUUCUUGCAAUGUCUGCUUUCAAUGGAAAGUUCGGUAAAUCAGGUGUUUGGGAAGUUUUUGGAACCCGUCCUUAUGCAGAGAAAGAUUACAAACUCACACAAGGACAAUUCUAUUCCAGUUUCAAUAUUGUUCCUCAAAACGUUUCAGAAAACGACUCAUUACAAACACUGAUGAAGAAGAUACGUGAAAACAUGAACAGCCAAAUAGAGAAAGGUGCUCCAUGGACUUCAUUGAGAGGAUACAUGAAUAAUCAUUUCGCUGGAACAGUUCAAAAGGGCCAAUUUACAAUUCUUUCUUCCCUUGGCGAAUUCAAGAUGGGAGGACCAAUCAAAGAUUUCAGAUUUAAGACAACAGGUAAUGCUGACUUCGGUCCAAGCUUGAAUCUCUUUACAUUCAAUGUGAAGUCAAGUAAUGACAAUAAGUAUUACUUAGUUCAUUCUCAUUCUCCUCAAUAUUACAGCCACAGAGAGUCUAAAGCUUGGAUUAAAUCAAUCAAACACUGCUUAUCUAAGAUUAACUUAAACACAAAGAUUGCGGAUGCUGUUUCAGAAUUGAUUGAUGUUCAAAAGGAUGUCUUUAAGGAACACGACCAAUUACUCAAAGUUGUCAGAUUUUAA